CCGCAGUCCCGGGUUCGAUCCCUCCACCCAGACGCGCGUUUGUGCACCUGCCGCCCCAGCCGACAUGGCCAACGCGGGGCUGCAGCUGCUGGGCUUCGUCCUGGCCUUCCUGGGCUGGAUCGCGGCUAUCGUGAGCACGGCGCUACCCCAGUGGCGGAUCUACUCCUACGCCGGUGACAACAUCGUGACGGCCCAGGCCAUCUACGAGGGGCUCUGGAUGUCCUGCGUGAGCCAGAGCACCGGGCAGAUCCAGUGCAAGGUCUUCGACUCCUUGCUCAACCUGGACAGUACUUUGCAGGCAACUCGUGCUUUGAUGGUAAUUGGAAUUAUCUUGGGAGUAAUAGCCAUCUGUAUAUCCAUUGUUGGCAUGAAGUGUAUGAAGUGCAUGGAAGAUGAUGAGGUGCAGAAGAUGCGAAUGGCUGUUAUUGGGGGUGUUAUGUUUCUUAUUGUAGGUCUGCUUCUAUUAGUGGCCACAGCUUGGUAUGGCAAUAGAAUUGUUCAAGAAUUCUAUGACCCAAUGACACCAGUCAAUGCCAGGUAUGAAUUUGGUCAGGCCCUGUUCACUGGCUGGGCUGCUGCUUCUCUCUGCCUUUUGGGCGGUGGCCUACUUUGCUGCUCCUGUCCCAGAAAAACAACAUCUUACCCAACACCAAGGCCCUAUCCUAAGCCUGCACCUUCCACUGGGAAAGACUAUGUGUGACACAGAAGCAAGAAGAUAUAACUCUGGUGGAAUAAACAGAAAGUGGACAUUGAAAUACCAUCACUGAUAAUAGGAUCUUAAGCUUUUUUACUAUUGCAGUUUGAACUGUGUUGUUAUU